AUGGAGACAAGACUAUCGGAGGCAGCAAUGAAGGGAAGCGUAGAUUCUCUAAUGAAAAUUCUUCAAGAAAAGCCGCUAAUUCUAGAAAGAACCAUCGUCUCUUGCAUCUCCGAGACGCCUCUUCACACCGCUGCCAUGCUCGGCCACCUUCAUUUCGUCAAAGAGCUUCUCACUCUGAAACCCGAGCUUGCUGCCCAGUUGGAUUUCCAUGGUGCGGCGCCUCUUCACCUGGCGGCGACUAAAGGCCACGCGGAGGUGGUGAGGCAGCUGCUGCUGGCAGAUCCUGAGGUCUGUACGGUGAGAAAUGAAGACGGGAGGACGCCUCUCCACGUGGCGGAGUUCAAAGGGCGAGCCGAGAAUCGGUUGGAGGCGUUGAGGGCGUUGGUAGAAGCGAUGGGGGGAGACGAUGGUGAGAUUGUGAAUUGGAAGGACUCUGAUGGCAACACUGUUCUGCAUAUUGCUGUGGCCAAGAAGCAGAUUAAGAUGAUAAAAUUUCUGCUUACUAAAUUUGGAAUGGAAGUCAACACAUUGAAUGCAAGUGGCUUUACUGCUUUUCAUAUCUUAAUGCAAAGCCCCAGAGAUUUGAGGGAUAUGGACAUUGAAGAUUACCUUUUAGGUGCAGGAGCCUUAAGUUCUAGGGAUUUGAACAUGAUUCUGCCUGAUGGGGUUCCGGUGAAGAGCCCUAUCACAAAAGGGCUAGCCUCCCCCGAGAUAAAAGCCCUGGCCUCAUCAAAGAGCAUAGGGAAGAUUCCGGCGAAGAAGCAUAAAAAUACUGACUGGCUUGGUCGGAAGCGAAGUGCAUUGAUGGUAGUGGCAUCACUGCUUGCAACCGUGGCCUUCCAAGCUGGAAUAAGCCCACCAGGAGGUGUUUGGCAAGAUGAUCUUACAGUAGACUCCGAUGGCAACUCUGUUGAGAACCCACAAAGUUGGUACUGCUGUAAUGCCAUGCAGCCAGAGAGUUGA